AUGCAUCUUUCCCACUCACUUUCCUUUGUAUGUACGUAUCUGUGUAUGUAUCAUCCGUGCAUGGGGCGGCAAGCACCAAAAAGUAGGGCCAAUAGAGAACGAAGAAGAGGAAGAGGGAUAUCUAUUAUCCAUAUAUAUAUAUUCAUAUAUACACAAUUUGGCAUGCCAACAGCGACGGAUUUUGUUCAGGACUAUGCAGCAAAACGGGCGGCUCAAAUGGAGCGUGCGAGGAGGAUUCGUGAGGAACGUCAGCAGUUUCAGCAGCAACAACAGCCGAUGCAACAGCAGUUUCAGCAGCAGCAGCAGCAGCAGCAGCAGCAGCCGUCGAUGGCGCUUUCUUACAGCACGAACAGCAACAACAACAACAGCAACAAAACCCAUAACAACAGCAACAGCAGCGGGAGUGGUCUCUUGGGGACUACAACGAAUUUGACUCCAGCGGCACGUAGUCGCCGCAUUGCGAAUGUAGUGGAGGAGGAUUUUAAGCGUGCCACCAAAGCAGGUAUCAUCACCCCUGACCAGGCGCGGCAACUAUGGGCCAUGCUAUCGGAUCAGAUUGUGCAGGUGGAGAACCCUGGGACUAGCACGCUGACAAGUAGUAGUUACAAUGUACAAAUUGGUACGCCCAUAACGCAGGAAUUGUCGACGCGGACGAAAAGAUUUGGAAACAGCAUUUCGCUGGAUUCUUUACGUGCCUCCAUUGCGCAGUUUAAGGAGAAACAAAAGGAGAAACAACAACGAGAACAAGAACAACAACAGUCCCAGCUGCAGGACGUGGCGGGGAGAGUUGGUGGAAAUGGUGGUAGGGCGAGGGCCAGCAAUAACACGAAUGAGGCGUAUGAACUUGCAACCCGUGUGUUUGCACCGCCACCGGCAAGUGCAGUUGCGGGAACUGCCGGAGCGGCCAUAUCGCGUCCCGCCCGCAGAGAACUUCGUGCCGGGAGUAUUGAGCAUGGAACCCGGCAAGUGGAGAGAGCGGAGGAUCCAGCGGGUGGAGAAGACAUGAAUAACUGGGGGCUGCGGCGGUAUGAAUCCCCGCGGAAAGGCUGGCGUUCUAAGCAGCAGCAAGAACAGCAACAUGCAAAGAAGCCGGAAUGGAACUUUGAUGUGGAUGUAGAGAAAAAUGACAAGGAUGAUUUUCCGGAAACAGCGCCACUGAGGCGUCUGUCAUCCCGUCAGCAGCGCGGCACAGUUGGAGGCAUUGCUGCGGGCACACCAAGCCGUGUCAAUCCGCCCAUGCAGUUUGACGAUAUGCCUGUUGGGGAUGUGACGUCCACAAUGGGUGGAGAAGCAUCCUUGCGACCGCGACAACAACAACAACAACAACAACAACAGCUGCAGUCUGUUAUCUCCAAGGUGGGAAUAAACAAAAAUAAGAUGAGCAAUAUUCCCGCCCGUCCGUCGGCACGUAGCAACAUCUCCCUAGAUGAUGUUGUCGUUGGUGGUGGCGAGAGGGGGAAAACCGACAUGUUUGUGGCGCCGCCACCGACAAAUGAACCGUUAAUGCCAUGUGGAUUGUGCGGUCGCAGCUUUCGUGCGUCCAUUCUUGCACGCCACGAGAGUGCCUGCUCAAAUUUACAGAAGAAGCGAGGUGUCUUUGACACGAAGGAGCAACGACUGGAAGGCAUUGAGGGUAUUCGUGAGGUGACCGCACCUAGCAACAGUGUCUCUCAAAAAGGUGGAAAGAAGCAUCCAGUGGCGGUUGCAAAUACAAAUCCAGACAAACCGCCCAAGUGGAAGAUACAACAUGAACAAUUUCAGGCCGCAAUGCGUGCAAUGCGGCAAGUGAAUGUGAAUGCACCAAGCGGUGGUGGUGGUAGUGGUGGAAAACAGCCCAUGCCAGAGGCAUACGAUGACCGUGUCCCAUGUCCGCAUUGUGGUAGGAAGUUUGCUGAGCUCACGGCGCAGCGGCAUAUACCUAAAUGCAUGACAACCAUCGCGAGGCCAAAGGGAAUUCGUCCAACACGCCGCUGA